AUGUGUGUGAAUCAAGAAGAAGAAGAUGGACCAGCAGAAGUAGAUGGACCUGAGGAAGAAGAAGAAGAAGCCUUGGCGGCAUUCUUUAAGCGAUGCUUCUCAAUGAUGGCACAUCGCAAAGUAAAACUCACGGCUCAGCUGCUUUUCCUCUGCCCUGGACAACUCUUGGCGGAGGCACCUGGUACUCAUCCUCGUCGUGAUACAGAUCGAGCUCACGGCUGUACAUGUCGCGGUCCUCCUCGAAUAUCGGCUGACGAAUAUUGUUCUCCUCGGCACGGACAGGUCCGAUAUCAUCGAGUAUCCUUAUGUCAUCGUCAUCGUCAUCUUCAACGGAACCCAUCGACACGUCAUCAUCGUCAUCGUCAUAAUCUCCAUCGUUUGAAUCUGUAUCCGAAAAGUCCAUGGCGGUUCGCGCGAAUUCGUGGAGCGCGUUUCGACGAAGAGGCGUUGGCACAAUUCUCACUGAACUUCCAUCACUAUCGGUACUGGGACUCGGACUGGUUCUGGCUCGUUGAUUCGUUCGCGAUGGACGUCCCCUUCCACGACCACGACCCCGUCCUCUUGUCGAUGAAGCCGGUGAAGCUUCAUCGGCUGUACCUCGAUUGUUUCGACGUGUUGGUCGUGGUGGAGUUUGCCACUCCUCCUGAGCUAAUCUUUCAGCCAAUUCGCGGUCUUUCCUUUCCUGUUCCAUGA